AGCAUAAUCUCCCUACUCUUGCAUUCAGUUCCCCUUACAGUAAAACAUUACAUUCUAAACUUUCCUUGUUCCUUUCUCUCUCUCUGUUGCCUUUUAAACAAAACCCUUAGCAGUCCGGUGCUGACAGGAAAUGAAUCACGCACGGAACUUUCUGUUCAAUUUACGUGAAACUGAAAGUGAAAAUCAGAAAGUCACCUCCAGUCCGAAAUCUCUCCUACAAAGUGUUUAUCCAGUUCUUUGGGAAACAGGAAUAAAAGAGCAAAAAGGCGAAAGGAACUACUGUGACUGAGAUCAGAGCACUUCGCAUUUUGCUGUUCUCAACAGAAUCAAUAAGCGAUAGAGCAUUUUGGACGGUCCAUUUGUUCAGGAAAGGGCGGAACUUCUCAUUUCAGUUUACUUAAGAGUGUCACCUGCAGGGUUUCUGACGGAUAGCUUCAGACCUGAAGUCCACACGAGUUCAGGAAAUGGCCAACCUGUUAUACGAGGAGUAUGAAGAGAAAAUUCGUCCUUACAUUGAUCUAAUUGAUUCCCUGAGGAAACUGGGCUUGAAUAAGGACUUACCAUUACCCACCAUCGCAGUAAUUGGAGACCAGAGCUCAGGGAAAAGCUCAGUGCUGGAGAUGCUGUCAGAGGUGGCCCUUCCCCGGGGAACUGGUAUCGUGACCAGGUGCCCUCUGGAGUUGAAAAUGAAGAAUGGGACAAUGGGAUCACAAUGGAAAGGACAAUUAAAUUAUGGAGAUGUGAGUCUAACACUGAACACCCCACAAGACGUUGAAGAAGAGAUUAAGAAAGCCCAGAGACACUUAGCUGGAAAAACUGGGAUAUGUUCAGAACUGAUCAGCCUCCAAGUGGAAUCACCUUGUGCUCCAAACCUGACCUUAAUCGACCUGCCUGGAAUCAUCAGGGUCCCUAUUGGGAACCAGCCUCAGGACAUUGGAAACAUGAUCAAAAAGCUGAUCCACACCUACAUUGGAAAAGAAGAAACAAUCAUCUUGGUUGUCAUCGCCUGUAAUGUGGACAUUGCGACCACAGAGGCAUUGAAAAUGGCUCAGAAAGUUGACCCGAAAGGAGACAGGACACUGGGGGUUCUUACGAAACCGGACUUGAUUGAUCCUGACACUGAGAAAGACAUUCUUAAAAUCAUCAACAAUCAGAUGGUUCCUCUUCGGAAAGGCUACGUGCUCAUUAAGUGUCGUGGGCAGCAUGAUUUAAUCGCAAAUACAUCCCUGGCUAAUGCACUGGAGAAAGAAAUUGCAUUUUUCAAUGACAAUGUUCAUUUUAGGCCACUGCUGGAGAAGCAAAUGGCAUCCUUCCAACAUUUAUCCAGUAGACUCACCAAUGAGCUUGUUUUACAAAUCAGGAAAUGUCUACCUGCUAUCCAAGAGAAAAUUGGAAGCAAAAUAAAUGAAAUGGUGAAGCAGUUAGAUAAAAUGGGAGGGGCAAUCCCAGAGGAUCCUAAAGUACGAGUGCACGACCUGACCAGGAGAAUUCUAGCCUACUGUGAUGAAAUCAUUACUUUAGCGAUGGGAGAGUACAAAAAAGAUUAUUCCAUCGAUGUGAAGUUACAUGACUUUGCCAGAGAAAAGUUUGCAGAGUGGUAUAAGAAGUUGGAUGGAGUUAAAAUAGGGUUCAAUGAGGGAGCAAUCAACUUGGUCAAACAUCACGAGAAAAACUCUAAAGGGAGAGAGUUGCCCGGAUUUACCAAGUACAGAAUUUUCGAAGCUAUUAUUAGAGAACAAAUUCAGGAGUUACUGGAGCCUUCACUUGAAAUGUUAAAUGAAUUUUCAGCUAAAGUGGAGACAGCGUGUAACACAUUGGCAUUUCAACACUUUAGUAGUUUCCCACUUUUAGUGAGUGAAAUUCAGAUUAAAAUUGCUGAAGUCUGUCACAAAAUGGAAAGGAAAGCAGAGGAAAUUCUCAAAACUAACUUUAAGAUGGAGGCGAUGGUUUAUGCACCAGAUGAAAUGUACAGCUACAAACUAAUGGAAUUCCAGUCUCGAGGCCAGCAAAAGGGAAAUAACUCAGUAGCAAAUUCAAACCUUGAUGCCCAGGCAAUGGUGAUUCAUUUACACACCUAUUAUCAGAUUGCCAUAGAUCGAUUGGUCCAAAUGGUUCCCAUGGUGCUGAGGUAUUACCUUCUUCAAGAACUGUCUGUACAGAUGAAGGUAGAGCUGGCUCAAUUGUUGUUCCACAGCAAGGACGUGGAUGUUCUCAUUCAGGAGAAUGACGAAACAGCUGAAAAACGAAGAGAAUUGAAGGACAACCUGGAUCGGUUGACCCAAGCACGGAAUCUUUUGAUGAACUAUUAAUUUUCUCAGUCAGCGAAUGUGGCGCUGGAAAAGCACAGCAGGUCAGGCAGCAUCCGAGGAGCAGGAAAAUCGAUGUU